GGGAGGUGAGGGGAGGCGAGGGGCCCGGGGCUGGGGGAGGGGGGCGGCGCCGAGGCGGAACAAUGAGGGGGCGUGCCGGCGGGGGGUAGCGGAGGCGCCGGCGGGAGUCGGGGGCUGGGACUGCGCUGGGGACGCUCGGACGGUGGGGGACCGCGCUCGGGGUGCCGAGGGACCCGCUGGAGCUGGGUGGAGGGCCCGGGGCCAGCGCCCAGCGCGCAGUCCUGGGCGGGGUCCGAGUUGUGCCACUCAGCCAUGCCCGAGGGAGCCCGGGGACUCAGCCUGUCCAAACCCAGCCUUAGGCUGGGGUGUGGCCACCAAGGAGAAGCUUGCGACUGCGCAGCUGUGAGUGAUACGCCGACAGCCCCUCCAGCCCCCGCCAUGGCUUCCCCGAGGGGUUCCGGCAGCUCCACCUCUCUGAGUACUGUAGGCUCUGAGGGGGACCCAUCGCCAGCCUGCUCAGCCUCCAGGCCGGAGCCCCUGCCAGAACCCCCCAUACGGCUGCACCUGUCGCCUGUGGGAAUCCAGGGUUCGGUGAAACCCUCCAGGCUGGAGCGAGUGGCCAAGGAGAUCGUGGAGACGGAGCGGGCGUAUGUCCGGGACCUUCGCAGUAUUGUGGAGGACUACCUGGGUCCUCUGAUGGACGGCAGGGCCCUGGGGCUGAGCACAGAGCAGGUGGCCACGCUGUUUGCCAACAUCGAGGACAUCUAUGAGUUUAGCAGUGAGCUCCUGGAGGACCUGGAAGGCAGCAGCAGUGCUGGGGGCAUCGCUGAGUGCUUUGUGCAGAGGAGCGAGGAUUUUGACAUCUACACAUUGUACUGCAUGAACUACCCAAGCUCCCUGGCCCUGCUCCGAGAGCUAUCGCUGUCCCCGCCGGCCACUCUGUGGCUGCAGGAACGUCAGGCCCAGCUCCGUCACUCCCUGCCUCUGGAGAGCUUCUUGCUGAAGCCUGUUCAGCGCAUCCUGAAGUACCAUCUCCUGCUGCAGGAACUGGGCAAACACUGGGCGGAGGGCCCAGACGCCGGAGGGCGAGAGGUGGUAGAGGAAGCUAUUGUGUCCAUGACUGCAGUGGCCUGGUACAUCAAUGACAUGAAGCGCAAGCAAGAGCAUGCAGCUCGCCUGCAGGAAGUGCAGCGGCGGCUGGGUGGCUGGACCGGCCCAGAGCUCAGUGCCUUUGGAGAGCUGGUGCUGGAAGGCACCUUCCGUGGGGGCGGCGGGGGAGGCCCGCGGCUGAGAGGGGGUGAGCGCCUGCUCUUCCUGUUCUCCCGGAUGCUGCUUGUGGCCAAACGUCGGGGGCCUGAAUACACCUACAAGGGCCACAUCUUUUGCUGUAACCUGAGUGUCAGCGAGACUCCGCGAGACCCCUUAGGGUUUAAGGUGUCGGACCUGACCAUCCCCAAGCACAGACACCUGUUCCAGGCCAAGAACCAGGAAGAGAAACGGCUGUGGAUUCACUGUCUCCAGCGCCUUUUCUUUGAGAACCAUCCGGCUUCCAUCCCUGCCAAGGCAAAGCAAGUUCUUUUGGAAAACAGCCUGCACUGUACUCCAAAAAGCAAAACAUUCCCAGAGCCCCCCACAUCCCCACUGGAUUCUCCCCGCCCUCGAGACGCUCGGAGUUUCACCCCUGGAAGAAGAAACCCAGCUCCAUCUCCAAGACUCUCUGGCAGUCGCCGUGGUCGUAGGCAGUCUGAGCCAGCAAAGGAAUCUUACGUCAUUUUUCCCCAGAACGAGAAGCCUCAAGUCAAGCAUGCUGGCAGUGAAGGGGAACUCCAUCCCCCAUCUGAGUCGCAGCCACCAGUCUCUGCUUCCGGCCCCCCGGAAGACCUGGAGGAUGCUGGGCCUCCCACAUUGGAUCCAUCAGGGACCUCCAUCACCGAGGAAAUUCUAGAACUGCUUCACCAGAGAGGCCUCAGGGAUCCGGGGCCAGCCACCCACGACAUUCCCAAGUUCCCCAGAGACUCCAGGGUGCCAGCUGAAAGUGAACCCCUCCCGUUCCAAGCCCUGCCCAGCCGAGAGUCUUCAGAAGAGGAGGAGGAUGAAGAGUUAGAAGCAGAUGAACGGGAGCCUUCCCCACUCCAUGUCUUAGAGGGGCUGGAAGGUUCCAGUCCAGCUGAAAUUCCCUGCAUGCCCAGCCUUACCAAGAUUCCCAGCGACAUGCCCAGCCUUCCAGAAAUUCCCGAGGCUCCCUGCCUUCCGAGUCUCUCUGACAUCCCUAGUGUUUUUGAGAUGCCAUGCCUUCCACCCAUGUCCAGUGUGCCUGACAUUCCCAGCUUGACCAGCACCCCUUCCUUCCCCUGUGGCUCCUGGCUCCCUGGACCCCUGCAGGAGCCCGCCCUGCCUCUGGCCACCAGGAGGGAACUGUUGACUGGAAGCAGUCCGGGAAGACUGGGCGAGCCACCCUCGGAAAGCAGAGUGGGGCUGGAGGAAGAUGCAGAAGGCGUGUCCUUCCCUGCCAUGCAGACCCAGGACGGCACCCAAGUCCAGGGGUUCCCGGAGGAACUGGAAUACCGCUCUUGUUCAGAAAUCCGGAGCGCCUGGCAAGCGUUGGAGCAGGGGCAGCUCUCCCGGCCUGGCUUUCCUGAGCCGCUGCUGAUCCUGGAGGACUCGGAUCUUAGUGGGGGCAGCACCAGCGGGAAGGCAGGAGUGCCACGCUCCGAGCGCUCGGCGUCCCGGGUGCGAGAGCUGGCUCGGCUCUACAGCGAGCGGAUUCAGCAGAUGCAGCGAGCUGAGACAAGGGCAUCCACCAAUGCACCCCGCCGCCGACCUCGAGUCCUGGCCCAACCCCAGCCAUCCCCCUGCCCACCACAGGAGGAGGCUGAGCCAGGACCCUUGCCUGCUUUUGGACAUGUCCUUGUAUGUGAGCUGGCCUUCCCACUAAACUGUGCCCAGGAGUCUGUCCCUCUGGGCCCUGCUGCCCUGGUUCAAGCUGCCACACCUUUGUCUAAGCAAGGAGAUCACCUGAAUGGCCAGAGUCUAAAUGUUUCAAAUUUGCCCAAGCAAGACCAUCUAGGCAGCUGCAUUCCACCUAUCCCUUUACCUGGACAGAGCGACUCUGAGAACAUCCAGGCUCCAUCCACAUCACCUUCGCCCAAGCAAGAAGAACCUCCGGAUGUCCAGGUACCAGCUGCCUCCACUGUGCCUGAUCAGAGUCAUAUUCCAGCUGCCACUCCUUCGCCUGAGCAUAGAAACUACAUGGAAAUCCAGGUCCCGUCCACCACCACCUGCCUUCCUGAGCCAGAGUGUCACACAGACCUCCAAAUGCAAAACCCCGUGGCGAUGCCUAAGCAGGGAGCAUGUGCUAGUGUCGUGAAUCUAGCCAGCCCUCUUUCGUCCAAGCCAGAGGGUCAGGAAGAUCGCCAAAGCCCAGAUAGUGCCCCAGGAAGUGAGCACAGAGAUGUCAGCACUGAUCAGGGCCCAGCUGCUGCUGGUGGUCGAGCUGCCAGCCCUUUACCAAUGUGCACCAGCAACCCUGACCGUCCGAUCCCAGCCACCACCUCGCCGCCUUUGUCACCUGACCUCCGAGACACUGAGGGUCCUGAUGCUUCACCUCUGCCUGCACAGGGAGGUCAUCCGGACAGCUGCAUCCCAUGCAGCCCUCUACCAUCUUUGUCCCAAGACACUCAGAUGCCAAGUGCCAUUCCCGUGUCCCAGCCACAAGUCCUUACAGACAUCAGGGCUGAUGCUCCCCCACCCUUCCCCGAGCAGGAGGGAGCUCCAGAUUCUCGGGGUCCAGAGCCCAGCCUCACAGACAUACCAGCUACCAGACUUGUGCCUUCACCGGGCCAGCAGAAUCCCACAGAUGGCCACGUGUCAGCGGCCACACCCUUCACUGAACAAGGAUGCUCUCUGGACCUUCAAGGCCUCAUAACCACCCCGAUUCAGACCACCAUGGAGUUACCUAAACCACGAGGCCAUGCGGUCUCUCCUGUUGCCAGGUCGGAGUCUUCAGACUCCACUCCCCUCCAGAGCCCCUCGCUGCCCACUCGCCAGCUCCUGGGCCCCAGUGCGGCUGCCCUCUCAAGGUACCUGGCAGCUUCCUACAUCAGUCAGAGCCUGGCUCGGCGUCAGGGCCCUGGGGGAGAUGGCCUGGUGGCCUCCCAGGGGCAUUGGUCCUCCUCUGCCCCUACGUCAAGGGCGCCUUCCCCACCGCCUCAGCCCCAGCCCCCAGCCCCUCCAGCCAGGAGGCUCAGCUAUGCCACCACGGUUAGCAUCCAGGUAGGAGGCGGUGGGCGGCUACGGCCAGCCAAAGCCCAGGUCCGGCUAAACCACCCUGCUCUCUUGGCGGCCCCCCACCCGGGAGCCUGUGGACCUUCCCAAGGCCCAGGGGGCUCCUGAUGCCCCUUCCCAUAUGUAAGCCUGGAAAUUAGGCUUCCUAAGCUUCAAGAACUUUCACCAGGUGCCACCCACCCUCGUGACAUCCAGAGUCAGGACACAGGUUUAUUAAUGGCCACAGCCCUGGGAUCUGUGUUCACAGAUGGCCCUUCUGAGGUCAUGGUUAUUUUGUUAAUUAACUUUAUGAAAUGCUG